GCCAGAGAGGAGUGGCCAGUCUUGUAGCAAGGCUCUGUGACGGCACGGAGCCGAGAGCCGUACUGGCCGGCGGAAUGAUGAGGGGGGGGGAGGAUGCUCGCUGGGUGUAUCGACGGCAGACCCGCUUGGUAGGCUUCAUCUCGCGGUUCCGCCGUGGCCAUUUGCCAUGCAUCGGCGUCUUGGUAACCGGCCGGGUUGCCUGCUCCCCCACGACUUGCUAUUGCAUCGCUGGCCUCGAAAGCCAUACAUGCAUGCAGACAGCGAGGAGGACGGGCAGCCAAGUCGUGCUGGAGGGCCAACGGGAUGGAGUCGACAAGUUGGGUGCUUGUCUUGCUGCACUUGUUGCCGGGAUUCGUUGCUGGGACAUUCGUUGCCGGUAUUCGUUGCUGGGACAUUCGUUGCUGGGACAUUCGUUCGACGCCGCUCUGCUUUCACAUUCCCCUUGUGUCUUUUAUAUAUUUCUUCGCCCUUGCUUUAUCUUAUACUUUUAUUUUGCAUCGCUUCCCCUUUUGUAUCCCCUCAUCAUGCAUCCCGACCUGUAUCCAUCCCAUCCCAUCCCAUCCCAUCCCAUCCUAUCCUAUCCUAUCCCCUCACACCGCUCGUUUGUAUAUCUCGGCUCGCCUGGGUCGCCGCGAGCAGCAGCAUCAACCCACCGUCCUCACCGGUGCGUGAUUGGAAUCAUAUGGCUGCCGACUUGCCGCUGCCCCUCGCGCUGCCUUUUCUUCGCCUUUGGUCUCUGAUUUGCCCGAGCCCGCUCUUCCUGCUCUUCUCGGUCGCUCGGCGCUUUGCCACCGAUCUGCCCAUUCCCGCUUCUGUGCACUUGGUCAGCGUCCUUGCAGUUUUCGGUUUCGCCCUCUCGCUACACUCUAUCGGACAAUUCCGCAUCGCGGCAGUUUCACUCCUGCAUCCUCGCCUUUCGCCUUCUUUCGUCCCCGCGGCUGUUGCUCCUUGCCUUGUGGGUAAAACCACUGCAUUGCCCGACUGAGCCGAGACGAACCCAGCACCCCGCCUCCGCACCGGCUGCCAUUUGCUGCCAUUUGCUGCCUCUGCUUGCUUUCAGUCGUCUGCAUCUUCCACUUGGUUUCACUCGGUUUCACCCACCUCACUUGCCUCCUCCUCCUUCAUCGUGCGUUGUCCUGGUCGAGUGACAUUCGAUCGGGUCGCAUUUCUUCGAUUGGCAUUUCUUCGGGCGCGUUUCUCCCUGGGGUUCUGGUUUCUGAAUCUCUAGUUCUGGUUUCUGGUUUCUGGUUUCUGGUUUCUGGG